UAUGUUGCCGAUCAUCCAUUUGAUGAUGGAGGAUAAAAUUGCACCCGCCAUUGCAAUCUCUCCCCUUCUUUUCAAGUCAAGCAGCACCAAGGAGAUUUUGGAACAGCAAGCAGAGAUGAGAAAUCAAAUGAAGAAAUAGUUGUCUGCUACUACACAUUUGGGAUGCUUUUCUGGAACCAACUUGUCGGAUCAUUGACGAUCAGUACCAGAAGGUUCAGCUCUUCAAGACUAGCAGAGACUUUGAAGCAGGCGAAGGAUCCACAUAUCUCAGCGGAAACAGCAGAAGAUCAAUGGCAAUGUUUCGUCUUUCUUCCAUCAUAUCAGGACUAGACAAGUUAGCAUCAUACAUCACAAGUUCGUCUUCAUCUUCAUGUGAUCCAUGUGGCACGGAUGAAUUGGUGGAGUUGAAGGAUUCAGUGGUGAGGACCCGAAAUUAUGUCAUGAAUUCAAGGGGAGUUAUUGGAGAUGCAUCUGUGAAGCUCUGGCUGAUGGAGCUCAACAACUUGGUUCAUCUUAUAGAUCAUAUCGAGCACCAGAGAUCCAGCGAAGAGCAACAACCUCAGUUGGUAACUUGCAGAAAGAGAGCGAAGCUAGAGAAGAAAGAACCAGCUCCAGAUGUGAUCAACUGCAAAGUAAAGGAGAUCAGGAAGAGAUUCCAUGAGAUGUCAGCUGACUGGGCUGCUAUCCAUUUAACAGAGAGUGAUGUAGGGAUGCAGUUUCAGCAACAAAGAUCAUCACCUUCUGGCUUCCAAAUAGAUGAAUCAUGCAUUUUUGGCAGGGAUCAUGACAAAAACAAGGUAUUGGGAAGACUACACUUGCUCAGCUUGCUUACAGUGAUCCAAAGAUAUGUGCACAUUUCACAGCUAGGGGAUGGGUGUGUGUCUCUGGAGACAUCGAUGCUGUGAGACUGCUGCAAGCAAUCAUACAGUCGGUCACAGGAAAGGCUUGCCAAGACAAGGAUUUGGUAACGCUCGAAAGAACACUAGAAAGAGUGUUGAAGGGAACAAAAUUCUUGCUUGUUUUAGAUGAUGUCAAGGAGGACGACAGCCUCUGGGACUGCUUGUGGUCGCCAUUACUUGGUGCAGAAACGAGCAAGAUUGUUGUCACCAGUCGCAAUGAGCUAGUUUCUAACAGCAUCCAAGAACUCGUACUUCCUCAUCACCUGAGCAGCUUAUCUGAAGCUAACUGCUGGUCUCUUUUCCGUAGGUUUGCAUUUGACGGUGAAGAUCCAAAUGAGCAUCCAAACCUGGUGGAGAUCGGCAGGAAGAUUGCUGCAAUGUGUAGAGGGUGGCCGCUGGCCGCAAAGACGCUCGGUGUUCUUCUCCGGUUCGAAACCGACGAGGAUAGGUGGUUGGAUAUCCUGCAAGAAGCAUCCGUGUAGCAAUGCAAACUGUAAUCUGGAGAUUUAGAGACUGAGUGCGAUAAGAAGUUCACACAAGCAGAAAAUAUGGCACCUACAAGUAAGGCCGAUAGGAAAGCAGCAUUAGAUGUAACCGCUUGGAUGUUCAAUGUUGUGACAUCUGUUGGAAUUAUCAUGGUCAAUAAGGCCUUAAUGGCUAUGCAUCGCUUCAGUUUUGCUACAACAUUAACGGGUCUGCAUUUUGCCAUGACCACAAUCAUGACUUUACUAUUUAAGUGGCUGGGAUACAUUCAGCCCUCUCAUUUACCUUUGUCUAACCUUAUAAAGUUUGUGCUUUUUGCAAACUUAUCAAUUGUUGGGAUGAACGUUAGUUUGAUGUGGAACUCCGUCGGAUUUUAUCAGAUUGCUAAGCUGUGCAUGAUUCCAGUAUCAUGUCUUCUCGAAGUUGUGUUUGAUAAAAUUCAUUACUCAAGGGCCACAAAGCUCAGCAUAGUGGUGGUUCUCAUAGGUGUUGCUAUCUGUACAGUUACUGAUGUGAGCGUUAAUGCUAAAGGGCUGAUGGCUGCUAUUAUAGCAGUGUGGAGCACUUCUUUACAACAAUAUUAUGUGCAUUUUCUUCAAAAGAAAUAUUCGCUAGGAUCGUUCAACCUCCUCGGGCAUACUGCUCCUGCUCAGGCAGCAUCACUGUUGAUAUUAGGGCCUUUUGUUGAUUACUGGUUGACGAACAAAAGGGUGGACAGAUUUGAUUACAAUGCAACCGUCGUGUUGUUCAUCAUCCUCUCGUGCACCAUUGCUGUAGGAACCAAUCUUAGCCAGUUCAUCUGUAUAGGAAGAUUCACUGCAGUGUCCUUUCAAGUAAUCGGGCACAUGAAGACGAUCCUUGUCUUAAUCUUGGGAUUCUUCUUGUUCGGCAGGGAAGGCCUCAAUUCACACGUAAUCUUUGGAAUGAUCUUAGCGGUUUUAGGUAUGAUGUGGUACGGAAGCGCAUCGUCAAAACCAGGGGGUAAAGAGAGGCGCACUUUCUCGUUGCCCAGUGACAAAUCUCAGAAGCUUGGACUGCGUGCAGAGUCGGGAGAGCACGACGAUAAAGUUUGAGCUGCUCCCGCCCUUGAGAGUGACACUUCCUUUUUCACUGUUUGACGUGUUGGAUGGACAGCUAAUCGCAGAGCAUUCUUGGGCAAUUCGUCUUGCAGUAAAAUGGGGAAUUUCUGUGCCUUGUCUCCACCAAUCCAGGAUUCCUCGGGGGCAUGCUGGGUGAGGCACCAUAGCUUUUCACAUCAAACUUUUAUUUUUCCUUUACUAUUCUAUGUCAAUUUGACUUCUGGUCUUAUGAAAAGAAUAUAUGUAUAUAUACCCUAUUUAGUAGCCAUAUCUAUGCCUUUGUUAGUUUUGUU